AUUUCCACAAAAUAAUAUAUCGAUCCAUCGUCUCGAGCGAUCGCGCCAAUACGGUGACAGCGGCACAGUAGCUGGGAACGUGAGGAUUUCUCCAUCGUUGACCAUUGGUGCUUAAAAAUCUAGCGGCACCACGAGUCCCCGUCCUCGUUUUCUUCUAGCAAAGGCUAUGGCUUCGCAGGAUGAUCAAAGCGAUCAUGGAGGAGAGGGUCCAGAGAUUGCAAUUCUCUUCGUGGUUGUAGCGUUCUUUAUUGGGACGCUCUCUCGCCAGAUGGUCGGCAAGAUAAAAGUUCCCUACACUGUUGUUUUGCUAGUCAUUGGAAUCGGACUUGGUUCUCUCGAGCAUGGAACUCAUCGUGGCCUUGGAGCACUUGGUCAGAGUAUACGAAUGUGGUCCAAGAUCAAUCCAAACCUCAUACUGUUCGUGUUUUUGCCUGCUCUCCUCUUCGAUAGUUCUUUCUCCAUGGAGUUCCACCAAAUAAAGAGAUGUAUAAUCCAGAUGUUGUUGCUCGCGGUCCCUGGAGUGAUCAUAUCGACUCUUUGUCUCGCCCUCGUGCAUCACGUAAGUUCAGCCUGUUUGGAACUAAAGUGUAUAUUUGGCUCUCCUGUUUGCCAGUGUGUGUUUCCGUAUGGAUGGAACUGGAGCAUUUCCUUGCUCUUGGGAGGCUUGCUAAGCGCUACAGAUCCCGUGGCUGUGGUGGCCUUGCUCAAGGACCUUGGAGCUAGUAAGAAGCUCAACACCAUCAUCGAUGGAGAAGCGUUGAUGAACGACGGGACUGCAAUGGUUGUGUUUGAGCUGUUUCAUCAGAUGGCAAUGGGCAAGCAUUUCUCUCCAGGCGAUGUGAUCGAGUUCCUGUCUAAAGUCUCACUUCUUGCCUUGGGACUGGGUUUGAUUAUUGGGAUGAUAACGGUACUAUGGCUGGGAUUUAUAUUCAACGAUACUGUUAUGGAGAUUACAUUGACAUUCGCAGCAAGCUACUUCGCUUUCUUUCUAGCACAAUCUGUGGCGGAAGUUUCCGGUGUCUUGGCCGUCAUGACAGUUGGCAUGUUUCUUGCAGCUUUUGCCAGGACUGCUUUUAGAGGUGAAAGUCAACAAGCUAUGCAUCACUUUUGGAACAUGGUCGCUUAUUUUGCCAACACUAUCAUCUUCUUGCUAAGCGGCGUUGUCAUUGCCGAGAACAUCCUACGAAGUCAAUCGUUUAUUGAAGCCCGAGACUGGGGAUAUCUGGUCCUUCUUUACCUCUUUGUCCAACUGUCAAGAGCUCUUGUGGUGGUAGUUCUGUAUCCUGGUUUAAGAUACUACGGAUAUGGUCUAAGUUUGAAGGAGGCAACAGUUCUUGUUUGGGCUGGUCUGCGAGGGGCUGUUGCUCUAGCGCUAUCACUUUCUGUCAAUGUUUCUGGGAACGUCUCGGAGAUCACCCGAGCAAAGUUUGUAUUUUUCACGGGUGGGGUGGUGUUUCUUACGCUUACUAUCAACGGGACUACAACACAAUUCCUCUUAAGGUUCCUUCGCAUGGAAAAGACAACGGAUACUAAGAGGCUUGUACUAGAGCAUGUCAUGCAUGAUAUGAAUAUGAAAGCGGUUGAAGCGUAUGAAGAGCUUGGAGAAGACGAGGAGCUCGGACCUGCCGACAUGACAACUGUAUAUAAGUACAUUGGCUGCUUGAACCAGUUUGGGAGGGGUCAUCAUCCCCAUGGAUUAGCGCCAAAUGUCGAGGAUUCACGGAGUAUACAAUUGCAAGAUACGCGCUUGCGAUUUCUAAACGGAGUACAAGCUGCAUAUUGGCAGAUGCUAGAGGAAGGGAGGAUUUCGGAGAAUGCUGCAUUGUUGCUAAUGCAAUCCGUAGACGAAGCUCUCGACGGAGUCGCCAAGCAGGAGGAGCUUUCGGAUUGGACUGGUUUGCGGCCAUACGUUCACAUUCCGAAAUACUUAAAGCUCUUGCAAAGCAAACGCCCCUUCUUUCCACAGAAACUAGUGCACUAUCUGGUAGUAGAGAGGCUAGAACUUGGGUGCUAUGUCACCGCAGCAUUUUUACGUGCGCAUGUAUAUGUUCGGCGCCAUAUUCGGGAUUUUAUUGGUGAAACCGAGGUAACAAAAGCUGUUAUAAAAGAAAGCGAGGACGAGGAGCUGGAAGCUAAACGAUUUCUAGAGGACAUCCGACUUACAUUUUCACAGGUGUUACGAGUGGUUAAAACUAAGCAAGUUGUACAUGCAAUUCUAGUACGCCUCCAUCACUAUAUCAGAAGCCUGGAAAAAUCAGGCCUGCUGGAAGAGAAGGAAACUGUGCAGCUCAGUGAUGCUAUUCAGCUAGAGCUAAAAAAACUACUAAGAAAACCUCCUACUGUAAAGAUACCCAAAGGCUCUCAGGUUUUGCGUGAUCAUCCUUUCAUUGCUGCCCUCCCCGAUCACAUCCAGGCGCAACUUGUGAGCUGUGCGAAGCAGUGCUUGAAACUACGUGGUAAUGUUAUUUGCGAAGAAGGCUCGCGAGCGGAUGGCCUGUGGCUUAUAGCAAACGGAGUUGUCAAAUGGAGCAAGCGAAACUUGGACAAGAACCGCUCUCUUCAUCCAGUUUUUGCCCAUGGGAGCACGCUGGGUCUCUAUGAAGUUCUCAUGGGGAUGCCUUACUUGUGCGAGUUGACUGCGGAUUCUGUGGUUCAGUGUUUUUUUCUGGAGGCAUCCAAAGUGCUUUCAAUUUGUCGAUCCGAGCCAAGGCUAGAACACUACUUUUGGCAGGAAAGUACACUUGCGAUAUCAAAGAUAAUUCUUCCCGAGACAUUUGAGUUGCUCGCAAUGCAUGAACUGCGAUUGGUGUUUGAAAGCUCUAGUACCACAGUAUCCUGCCUCCGAGGUGAGGUUGUCGAGCUUCGGCCUGGUGAAACAGCUUUGCUCGUUGAUGGAUUUAUCAAAAGAGACGAAAGCGACGAGAUUAUAGCUGCCCCUUCGGCUGUUGUCUGUCCGCAUCGUGCUAGUUUGCAGGCAUCUGAUGGAAGUUACUAUGGAAGUGUUCUUGACGUCGUGGCACGAUCACGCCUGAUCAUUGUUAGAUGCGAUUUGUUUACCGCGACGUCUUCCAUGUCGCUGCUUCCUCGCCGUUCUAGCUUGGGACGUGAUAGCUUCAUUCAGCGAGCUAGAAUGAGCAGUUUUGAUCGGAAACCAAGGUCGGGGAGAGCUCGGAGUUUCGCAACUUUCUUUCAGCCAAAUAUUCAACGAAAGAAAAGCAGCACUAGUCAAAUCCGGCCAGAGCAACAACAAGAAAAGCCAGCUGCAAAUCUAUCACUACAUGAAACUCAACUGGCCAGCUUGCCAAACAUUCCAGUUUCCGCGCAUCUUGCACCCCUGCGGACUCAAAACCGACGAAACGACCGCGCCGCUUCCAGAGAUUCCAGUGACGCGUCGGACGACGAACAUAUCGUAGAAAUCGAGUCACCGAGUGGCCUCAGCUUCAACAAUGUUUUCUAGUGCCUCCUUCCAGGCAGCGCUCCUCGAUAUGGUUUUCUAAGCGACGUUGGCUACGGUGUCUAUAAAAUGGAUAACACGCGGGCACCGGCUUUAAAACUUGUUGGAAGGAUCGUGGUGGCUCGCGAUUUACGCAGACAAUUCCAAGGAGUGCAUACCAGGGAGGCCGAGUCAUUUGGACGCGUUUCAGGCGGUGGUGCUCGAUCUCUGUGCCUGGCUGGACGCACAAACGCGAAAAUGGCUAGCUCCACGCGACUGUCCCUCGCGCAGGAGCUCCAUGUGCUCACAUUAUCAGCCGGAAUCUUUGCUGUAAGUUGUACGCCGCUCUACAGGAUCUCUUCGCCUUCCUCUUGAAUCUUGAGGCUUCCUCUCUGGGCGAGUAGAGCUCGCACAGAUGCGCUGCUUUUACCACCUUGGAAGCAAGCUAAAAGCUGCGGGAUGGAAAGAAGGAAAACAAAGAAGAGAAGAAUCGAUCCGACUCACUCCAAAAAGGAUCAAAGGUUGUUUUCUUCUGUAUUAUAUGCCUUUUGUUUGUGCGCGAAUCUAGGCAGCGCGAGAGAAAACACAGCUGUUCUUUUCGGAAAA